GCUUCUAUUUGGAUCAGCCAUCGGCGGCAGCAGCGACGACCAUCCACCAUGUCCCAGCCAAAGCCUCCGAUUCCCAAGCCAAGGACCUGCAUACUUCAACCUCCCACAGCUCCCCCAGAGAAAGAUUCGAGUAAAUCGCAUCCACCACCAGUGUUACCGAAGCCCAAGAGUGUGCACGGUAACAAGGAUGGCAUCAUUAAACAGGAUUCAUCAGAAACCUUCAAUGAUGACGCACAAAAAAAAUCUCCACCACAGCUGACACGAAACAGGAGCGAUGCCGUGAGAAGGUCCGGAGGAAGUGAAAGUUUAAGAAACACGACUGUGCGUGAGAAAACGAAAGUGGUCGAACUACCAGUAAAGGAAACCUACGCAGAACAAGCUCCUCUUCCUCCUCUGAAUUCUAAGAACAAGCAGUUUGAUGCUGAAUUUGAGAUCGUGAGUCGCACAUCUCUGUUGUACUGGCGCAAGAACAGGACACCCUGGGCUGAAGUGUGCAAAGAACUCAAACUGAAAGAGGUGUCAGAAGCUGAGUGCGUCAGGGUUAAAGCUUUUCUGCUCCAAGGAGGCGUCCGGCGCUACAUCCAACUGAUGGACGACCACGGCGACACCAUGAAACUGCUCAUCGAUGAUCUUUACUCCAUCGCUGCCAACUUAGACAAGGUUUCAAAGGGGACGAAGAUCGCUGGCAUCACGGGAGGAGCCACGACCGUAGCAGGAGGUGUGGCCGCAGCCGCCGGCGUCAUCCUGUCCCCGUUCACGCUGGGAGCUUCGCUGGCUCUGACCGCGGUCGGGGUCGGUGUGGCUGCAGCCGGCGGCGUCACCGGGGCGUCAGCAGCCAUCGCGCACAAGGUGAACAUCACAAUGGACCAGAAGAAAAUCCAAAGGACCCUGCAGGAAUACGAGGGCCUCAACGAGAAGGUUCAGGAGUGCUGGAAGUACAUCACUGAUGGUUUAGAUCUGCUGGCGCAGCAUGGUCAGUCCAUCCUGAAGGGGAUUAACGUUCAUCCAAAGAGGGGAUCCAGGAUAGUGGAGCUGGUCGCCGAUGACGCGAUAAGUGCCAGGGCACUGGAGGAGAGCAGCAGGGCCUCGGGGAUGAUAAAGGGCUUCUCCAUCGGCAUGGAUUUAUACUUCACGGACGGAAAGGAUGGGAGGAAGGUGAAAAAGGGCCUGGAGUCAAAGCUUGCGAAGAAAAUCCGCGAGCUGGCAGAGUCCCUCACAAAGGGUUUGGAAGAGCUCCAAAAAGUCAAGGUUUUGUUCAUGAAGGAGGGUUAAAGUGUGCUUUUUU